AUGAGCAGCGAGAAUUUGCAGGUUAGCUCUAGCACCGGAACCAGCACACAAUCUUCGCAAUCUACCCCGAAUGCUUCAGUCUCCAGCAACAUAUCCGAUGGAGAGAACUCGGGCUCAAGGGCUGCUCCCCCCAUGGUGACUGCUGGAGGAAUUCUAAAUCGCAUCGUUUCGGGAAUUAGGUCUGCGUACCUUGAGAUACUAGUCCGGAUACCAAUGGUGGUGCCCCGUAAUAAUCGCUCCGAUUCAACAUCGAAUCGUGCUCCAGAGGCGGCGAUUGGCUUGCGCACUCCCAACUCCCUCUCAACAGACAGGAUUAGGGCCCCAUCUACCAGUCGGCGUCGCCGCCACGCCAGCACCAAUACCGCUACCACAGGUCCCACUGCAUCGGAUGCCGAAGUCAGCGGUCCGUCGAGACCGAAGCGCCAGCGCACCGACUCAAACGAGUCCUUGGAAGAAACCUACAAUUGCCCCAUUUGUUUCGAGAGCGUAUCGAGCCGAGAUCCAGUGGCCACCAAAUGCGGACACGUUUUCUGCCGCCAAUGCAUUCGCACUGUCAUACGCCGCUUUCACAAGUGUCCCGUGUGCAGGAUGCGCUCGACCCUGAGGCAGCUUAAAUCUAUUACUAUGUAG